AUGGACGGACGAUACCACUGCCCCGUGAAGGACGCGCAGCGCCUGGGCCUCGACGACCCGCGCGCGAAGAAGGCGCACCCGGACGCGGGCGGCUCCGCGGCGUCGUUCCGCGGCGUCGCGGACGCGCACGAGCGCCUGCUGGCGUUCCGGAGCGAGCGCGCGGCCGGCGCGCUCCGCGAGCGGCGGUUCCAGAGCAAGUACCACGCCAAGUCGGACUUCGCGGACCGCAUCACGCACGUCCUCAGCCGGCCGCUCGGCAACCUCGUCAGCACGCAGACGAAGCUCCGGUUCCGCCUCGGCGCGUUCGCCGUCCUCAUGGCCUACGUUUCCUUCAAGAUGCGGCUCAUCCCGAAACCCACCGACGGCGCCGCCAUGGAGAAGCAGAUCGACGAGAUCGCGAAUCCGCUCCUGCAGUCGCCGCUGCAGCAGGCCGUGGACCGCGGCGCUGCUCCGAACGUCGUCGCCGAGCGCUACGACGCGAGCCUCAUCCCCCAGGGCCAGCCGCUCUUGAGCAAGGCCCUCGGCUGCCUGUGCCUGCCGUGCACGUGCCUCGGGUCCUGGGUGCUCGUGAACCCCAAGGAGGAGCUCGUGAGCAUCCACUUCGGCGAGUUCUCGGGCGUCGUCAACGAGCCGGGGCUGCACUACGUCAACAUGUGGGGCCGCGAGCUCCGCAAAAUCUCAACGGCGCAGCAGAACCUCGAGGUGCCCGGCGAGAAGGUGCUCGACGCCAUGGGCUGCCCCCUCGUCGCGUCGGCCGUCGUCACGUUCCGGUUCUCGGCGCCGGCGAACACGCUCCUCAACACGGCGAACCCCUACGGGUACGUCGCGACGCAGGCCAAGGCGACGCUGAAGCAGGUCUGCGCGCGCUACCCCUACGACUCGCACACGCUCGACGGCAGCUCGAGCGGGCCGUCGCUCCGCGGCGAGUGCGCCGCCGUCGAGGCCGAGAUGGUCGCCGCGCUCCAGGACCGCGUCCGCUGCGCGGGCGCGACGGUGCUCACGAUGACGCUGUCGGAGCUCAACUACGCGCCGGAGAUCGCCGGCGCCAUGCUCAAGCGCCAGGAGGCCAUCGCCAUGCUCGGCGCGCGGCAGACCGUCGUCGACGGCGCCUACAAGAUCGCCCAGAAGACCAUCGCGCGCGCCGAGGCCGACGGCGUCGCGUUCAUGGAGGGCCAGAAGGCGAGCCUCGUGUCGAACCUCGUCAUCACCGCCGCCUCGGAGGUCCGCGUCCAGCCGACGCUCCCGCUGGCCUAA